ACUGUCCCCAACCACCGCAGCCCGAGAAUGGAGGCUACAAGUGCCACCCAAGUCCCUGCAACGACCCCCUAGUUUCAGGCAGUGUCAUUGAGUACCUGUGUGGCGAAGGCUACAUGCUGAAGGGAGACUACAAAUAUCUGACCUGCAAGAAUGGGCAGUGGAACCCGGCUAUGGAAGUUAGCUGCAGACUCAGCCCGGAAAAGGAUUCUCCCCCGGCAAUCGGAGUACCCACACUCUCCAUAGUGGCCUCCACAGCAAGCUCCGUCGCCCUGAUUCUUCUCUUGGUUGUGCUGUUUGUUUUGCUGCAGCCCAAGCUGAAGUCAUUCCAUCACAGCAGGCGAGACCAAGGCGUGUCUGGAGAUCAGGUCUCUAUCAUGGUGGAUGGUGUCCAGGUGGCCCUGCCAUCCUACGAGGAAGCGGUGUACGGCAGCACGGGCAACUGUGUUCCGCCCUCGGAUUCCCGCGUGCAAAUCGUGCUCUCGGAGGGAGCUGGGCAGAACGGAGCCAGAGACAUGCAGCAGCAGGACCAGGGGGCUUGCAACAGCUUUGACAGAGAGGAUGAAGCCCCAGGACACUCUGGACUGUGUGAAGCCAGUGGCUCUCAACGCUCUGAGACUGUUCUCGUGCAUCAGGCCACUACCUCUUCCUGGGUAGCUGGUAUGUCUAGUAGUAGACCUAUGCAGAAAGAGGCCCAAGACUCAGAAAGCAGUGACAUACAGAGCCUUUUAUCACUCACCUCCUCGGAGGAGUACACAGACGAUAUUCCCUUAUUGAAGGAAGCAUGAGGCCUGCUGCAUUUGUGUAGCCUCCUCCUCCUCCUCCUGGGGUUCCUCGCUCUUCCCCUGCCCUCGGGACAGAAGCUCUCCGUGCAGCCUUCCCGUCCUCGCAAGCCGUGCCCUGGAUACCUCCGAGCGGAGACCCCCAGCUGCAGAUCCAAAGGACGUCGCCAGGUUGCCUGCUGGGAGCGCCAGUGGGGUUGGUGCCGUGCUGGUUUCCCAUUCCAUCCGCAGAGGGGCUCAAGGGACGUGGUGGAUUUGAGCUCUCCUCUCCUUUUCCCCUG